AUGCCGACUAUUAAUUGCGACCAAUUUACCAAAAUCUUAGACGACAAACUCAUUCCACUUAACUCGACAAUCUCCGAGUUAAAACAUCAGUUAAUGUAUCGGUCAAAUCGAAGCUUCAACAUGCCCCCCCGGGCAACCCCCCGGGAAUUUGACUUUUUAAAAAUUUUUUUUUUUAAAUUCCCCCCUACCCGGGCCAAAAUCCCGUUCAAAUGCCCCACACUAGGGUCCAUUCAGGUGAUCAAAUGCCCCCACCCUGGGGACAUUUCACAGGCACAAAAAUGACAGAAGGACGGCGGAAACGCUUUCAGUUGUCGAAAAAAGUCUUUAUAAAUAUAACAAAAACUGAGAGACACUGUUAGCGUAUUUACUACGAACAAAAAUCUCGUGCAAAGCGGCGGAAAUCGCUACUACAAGGUCACUGAAUGCUCAGCUUUUCUUCGUCAUGCAACAUACAAAGCGUUCUAUAAAAAAAGAUCCCACCUAUUGAGAUUACUACAUCAUGACCAUUUCACUGACAUGCAUCAUCGCUCACCUUAUUAAUUAACAUACUUGCAGUAGGUCAAAGUAGUUGACCUGAGCUUUUUAUUUUAUUUUAUUUUAUGUUGUUGUAUUGAAUCGCCGGUAUAGGUAUUGUAUUUCAUUGUAAACACAACAAUGAAAUACAUUCAUACAUUCAAAGCCUGAAUCCAGUAUUUAAAAUUUUAAAAUUUAAAUACUUCAAAUACGGCACAAAGCUUGUUUAAGCUCUUUCCUCGUAACCAAUUGGCCACAAAGGCACAAUCUUUUCCACGAAAAUCCUCUAACACCGCGUCCCGCAUGAUAGCUCGCCACGCCAAAGAUUUUACAUGAAAUCGAGGGUGCAGUUCAAAUUCCCCACCCCUAAAGCAUGGGGAUCAAAUUCCCCACCCCUUAGAAGACUCUGAUAAUCAAAUUCCCUCCUCCCCGAGACGUCAAAGGUGUCAAAUGCCCGGGGUAUGCCCGGGGGGGGGGGGCAUGUUGAAGCUUCGAUUUGACCGAUACAUAAUGAGGCGAUGAGUUUUCUCAAAGUUGUGAAUGCGAAGUACGAUGAAUUGCUAGAGAUGAUGAAGAGCUCAAAGGAUGAAAGAAAGGCUUUGAAAGAUGAGAAUAAGUUUUUGCAAGAUGAGAAUAAGAUCUUGAAGGCAACAAUUCGCAGAAUUGAAAGUUCACUGGCAGUUACGAGAGCGAACAAUGACCUGGAGCAGUACACUCGCAGAGAGUGCAUGGAAAUCCGAGGAGUCCCUGUUGCUGCUACUCCAUCUGAGGAGCAAACUAAUAACAUUGUGAAGGAUGUCGUUAAACUAUUAGGAGUGGAUAUUACUGAACAUGACAUUUCAGUAAGCCAUCGAAUGCCUCAAAGUCAAAAACACAAAGGCAAGCCUGGACCGCCAGCUAUCAUAGUUAAAUUUGCGAGGCGUGAUGUCAAAGAUAAUUUCUACCGUGCUAGGAAGCAGCUCAAGGACUUAACAACGUGA